AUGAAAUCAACUUCUUGCUGACUAAACUGCAGGAUGCAUUUAGCAGGUACUCCAGUCUGAAAGAACAGUGUGCCAGCAGGGCUCAGGCCUACCUGUUCCUGACAACUUUGACUCUGUCCAAUGACGAGGACAUACAGAUGUCCAACAAAGAAAAAAAGAAAAGAUUACAGCUCAUAGAGACACAACUAAAAGACAACAUUUCCUUUGCCAUUAAAUCAGCAAUUGAAAACAGCCAAGAUAACUGGCAGUUGCUUGAGAAAGCACUAAACUCCAUCGAAAUGGGUACUCAUAAUAUUGAUGAACAUCCAAUGUUAGAGGAGUCUGUUUUCCACCCGGAGAACGUGUUGCCAAAGCAACUACCAUCUGUAUCAGAGAUUGAGCCUACAGAUGAGCUGAACACAUCUGGAAAUAACACUGCAGGUGUAAAAAUGGACAGCUUUAUGCAUUUUCUUGAAAAGUUGGACCUAAGUGGCUCUUAUCCCAAAAAGAUGACAAAAAAGGAUGUUCUUGUUAUAAACAGUUUAUCUCUGAGUAUAAAUGAGCCUACAACAGAGAAAGAAUUGAGCAACCUUUAUCUCUAUAAGCUCAUGACUUUAGACUACCAAGCCAGAUAUCUUUGUGUAAAACCUGAGGCAGGUAGCAUGUCAUUAAAUGAUAGUGGAGUGACUGUGAAGGAUGAUGAAGAUUUUUUUGAUAUUGGUGACAAAUCCAUCCAGAGUGUGAGCAGCAAAAAGGAACAAAUUCAUCCAAUGGAUAUUCAUAUGGCCAUUUUCCACUGCUCAAAUGACUUUUUGCGACAGUAUAUUUUAACUAAACUCUCUGCUUGUCAGUUUAGCCUGCCCAUUUUAGUACCCAGUCCCUGUGCAGAAGAGGUUGAAUUUCCCCUCUGGGCAUUGCGGCACAUCAGUAGAUCAUGGCAAAGUAAAAAUGGAUCGACAUCUGGAAAGUAUAAUAACAGGCAAAUGUUCAAUACUCUAGUGCCAAUUGUUUCCUUCAUCAGAUUAGGGUCAUCAAAUUACAACUCUAAAUCCCAGAUAUUGAAUGGUGUCAUUAGCAAACAGAGGCACAGUGUUUUUUUCCAUCGUCAUUGUAGGGGCAGCACUUCAAACAGCUUGCUCAUGAAUGGAGUUGUGGAGAUUGCAUGGUACUGUCCUGGAGGGAAGGGAGAUGACAUAUUCAAUGACUGUGUGGCCUUUCUGAACCUUCAUGGUGAUGCAGCAGAGCAUCCAAAACAACUAGAGUUUAUUCAGGCAGUGAGUACUGUCAAUGUGCUUCUACUUUCAGAGCAUCCUAUGAGUGAAGCUGCAAGAAAGAUUUCCCAGGAACUUUCCAAGUCUCCUGUCCCCUUGAUCUCAAGAAUGCUACAGUUCAAAGUCGAUGAAGAUAAUAAAUCAUGUCAGGAUGCUUAUUCACAAGCUAAGAAGUUAACCUGCCUUUUGAAGAAGGGAAAUGUACCUACUCUCAAGGAGAGGUUUUUGCCUUUGCAAGGUAAACUGUGGCAUGAUUGGUGCAUAAAAGACAAAGAGCAGUAUCGCCUGCGAGUCAAAGGAAGGGAAAGCCUUGAACAGCAGUCGAGUAGAAUAUCAGCUGAGAUGAAACAUAUCCCUUUGAGACAACUGAAAACUCCUCUCAAUGAAUUCAUGAGAUUGUUCUUGGAAUGCUUCACAUCAGCAGUUGAUCCUGACGACACAAUUUUGUACAGGUUGCAGUGCCUCAGAAUCCUCCUGGAUGGCAUUAGCACUGAAGCACUUGCAGAACUUGAAGAGGGAUAUCUCUCAACCUGGAGAAAAAUGAGAGAAGUACAAAAGGAUAAGGAAAAAGCAACACAUGUACAUCAAAUGCAAUCAAAACUCAACAGCAUAUGUGACAAAAUGGUCACUACAACAGUUGGCCUUCAGCAUUUAAUGAGAGAGGUUGGCCAACUCUAUGAGGCCAAUCAAAUGACAGCAGACAGAAAAGAAAACUCUAAACAAUAUUCCAGCUCUCUUCCCAAUAUAGGAGUUAAAAUGCUUCUUUCUGGAUAUCCACUUGAACUAAUGGAUGGAGACACUGCCCACGUGCCUGUUAAGUGGAUUGAGGCUGUUCUGGAGAAACUCGCUGAAACAUGUGAUGACAAAAAGUUAUUUGUUCUGUCCAUUCUAGGGCUUCAGAGUUCUGGGAAAUCCACACUGCUGAACACCAUGUUUGGUGUUCAGUUUUCUGUGAGCGCAGGAAGGUGUACCCAUGGAGCCUUCAUGCAGCUCAUACCGGUGGACUCCAGCAUCAGAAAUCAACUUGGAUAUGACUUUGUCCUCAUUGUGGACACAGAGGGACUCCGAUCACCAGAGCUCAGUACAAAGAUGUCAGUGAGCCACGACAAUGAGCUUGCCACUUUCGUCAUUGGAAUUGGUGACAUGACAGUAAUCAACAUCAUGGGGGAGAACUCCUCUGAGAUGCAUGAUAUUCUUCAGAUUUGUGUGCAGGCUUUCUUACGAAUGAAAAUGGUUAAAAUCUCACCAGGUUGCAUUUUUGUACACCAAAAUUGUGCUGAAGCAUCAGCUCGCGACAAAAACAUGGAGGGAAGACGACGUCUUCUGGAGAAACUGGAUGAUAUUGCGCAAAUGGGAGCAAAGGAAGAGAACAUUGAAGGCAUCAGUGGUUUCAAUGAUGUCAUCAAUUUUGACAUUGAGACACAAGUGUUCUAUUUCAAGAAUAUUCUUGAGGGAGACCCUCCCAUGGCCCCACCAAACCCUUCCUACAGCCAAAAUGUUCAGGAGCUGAAGACAAAGCUUCUAACACUUUCUCAGUGGCAGGCAAAUCGUAACUUUCCUUCAUUGUCAAAGUUCAAAUUGCGGGUUCAUGACGUUUGGGAAGCACUAUUGAAGGAGAACUUUGUGUUCAGUUUCAGAAACACAGUUGAAAUGAUGGUGUACAGUGCUCUAGAAGAAAAGUAUGCAGCAUGGUCAUGGACACUGAUCAGAUAUGCCCUGGAUCUUCAGAGUGAACUGCUAAACAAAAUUGGCAGCAACUUGAUUCAGGACGUAAAUGCAGCUGAUCUGAAUUUUAACGAAGUCUACAACUCACUGCAAACUGACAUAGAAGCGUAUUUCGAGGAAGACAAGAACAAAGAGACCCUCAUAAAGUGGAAGGAGAACAUUAUCAAACGCUUUGAAAGUCUGAAGUGUGAGCUCAUUGAUGGCACUUUAAAGAAAUGCCAAAAAUUAUUAAUCUCCAAGAGAAACAGAUCAGAACUGGACCACAGGAGAAUCAAAUACACAGAGGAGCUGACCAAAGCUUUGGCAUCCAAACUAAAAGUGCAGCAUCUGGAGGAGGAGCAAGUGAAGGCGGAAUUUGACGAACUCUGGGUUUCCUGGACAGCUGAAGUUUUGAAAGCUCAGCCACCUGAGGAUCCCACUAAUGUAAAAGCUGCAGUGGAAAAAGUUCUCCUGUUUCAAACACAUUCAAACAUCAUUCAGGAAAUACAAGGUUUCAGAGAAUGCAUGAUGAUUUCAAAACUGCGAACCAGCCACUGA